AUGGAAAACAAAUCAUUUUCAAUUUGCUUAGUGAGAACCUUCCUCCUCCUUUGUAUACUGUUUUGGCCAUCUUUCUCACGCAGCUCGCCCCAUAAAACCUCCCCAACUCGCUCUUCUAACACCAUGCACCAGUACUUGGUCCCUCACAACACUGAAAGAUCAAAGCUCGGCCUCCCUCCUCUCAAAUGGAGCAAGAAACUCGAGAGCUACGCUUCCUGGUGGGCACGACAACGGCGAGAAGACUGCUCAUUGAUUCAUUCGAACAGCGAAUAUGGGGAGAACCUCUUCUGGGGGAGUGGACAUGACUGGAAGCCAAGUGAUGCAGUUAGAGCAUGGGCAAGAGAGAGCCGCUACUACAACCACAAGACUAACUCUUGUGAGCAAAACAAGGAUUGCUUGCAUUAUACUCAAAUGGUUUGGAGGCAGAGCUCGAAGAUUGGUUGUGCUAAGGUUGUAUGUAAGAGUGGGGAUACAAUUCUUGCUUGUGUUUAUGAUCCUCCAGGUAAUGUUAUAGGCGAGAAGCCAUUUUGA